UUUCGGUAUAUUUCUGACGGUGGACUUCAUUUAUCGAUAAGUCCGCGGUCACACUGCUUCUACUAUUAUUAACAACAUUUAUUAAUAACAUUUCCAGUGUAAAUACGGCUGAAAACCAUUCCGGUGGCAUUAGAAAAUAUUUAAAAUUCCAGCCGCUUGCAAUCCGCUUAAAUGUCACAACACUCGAAAAGGGAAAAGGACACAGCCGCCAACAGCACGAAAAGCCAUGCCCAGAGCACACGCCACACGAGCGGCAGUAGCAGCGCGAAUAAACACAGUCACAAAAAGCAGAUGCCCAACGGCAGUCUAAAGGCCAAUUCCAACACCAAACCAAACCAAAACUCCAACAGCAGCAGUACCACCACCAAGGUAUCCACAAUGCUGACCACAGGAUCGGCAUCGGGGUCGAGAUCAGGAUCAGGAUCAGGAUCGAGCUCCUCCGUCUCCCCAUCCAGCUCGUCGUCGGCACCCCUGCUGUCGCAGGUUCAGGGAAAAUUUCAAAUGAGCAAAAAGGAGAAAAACCAAAAAGACAAACAGCGCGAGAGGGAGCGCAUCGAGCGCGAGCAGUUUGUGCUCUGGCGUCGACCCUUCGAUACGUCCUUGUAUUGUGGCCUCGAACUGAUGGCGCUGCUGCGAACCUGGAGCUCAAGAUUGCUGCAGCAACGUCUCCUGCUGGCCGCUUUGAUAGUAUUAGGCGUAUUAUUUAGUGUAAUUUACAGAAUUGAUGGACCACAUCAGCUGGCCAUUGAGCUAGUGCAUCGGAACACCUGGUUCUUUGUCUACUGGCUGGGUCUGGGCGUGCUCUCCUCAGUGGGACUUGGCACUGGCCUACACACGUUCCUUCUAUAUCUGGGGCCGCACAUAGCCAGCGUUACGCUUGCCGCAUACGAGUGCAAUUCCCUGAAAUUCCCGCGCCCUCCAUAUCCAGAUGACAUCAUCUGCCCGGAGGAGCCGUAUGAUAAACGGGUGCCCAAUCUGUGGGCCAUCAUGUCAAAGGUUCGACUGGAGGCAUUCCUUUGGGGCGCUGGCACGGCCCUGGGCGAGCUGCCGCCGUACUUCAUGGCCAAGGCGGCGCGUCUCUCCGGGUACGAUCCGGACGAUGCUGAGGAGCUGGCCGAGUUCGAGGCCCUGAACGCCAAGAGGAAUCAGAAGAACCUCAGUUUAAUGGACAAGGGAAAGCUGUUCAUGGAGCGCGUGGUGGAGCGCAUUGGCUUCUUCGGCAUCUUGGCCUGUGCAAGUAUUCCCAAUCCCUUAUUCGAUCUGGCUGGCAUCACUUGCGGCCAUUUUCUAGUGCCAUUCUGGACCUUCUUCGGAGCCACACUGAUCGGCAAGGCCAUCAUCAAAAUGCACAUACAGAAAAUCUUCGUGAUCAUUGCCUUUAAUGAAACGCUGAUUGAGCGAGCAGUGGAUCUUCUGGCCUCGCUGCCAUACUUCGGUCAUAAGCUGCAGGAGCCCUUUAAGGCCUUUCUCAAAAACCAAAAGCAGCGCCUCCAUCGUCAACAGCGUGGCAAGGGUGCUGCUGUUGGCCCCGAUUCAGGCAAUCUGCUAUCGAAGAUUUUCGAGGCGUUUGUAAUUGGAAUGGUGUGCUAUUUUGUUGUGUCAAUUGUUAACUCUCUGGCGCAAAGCUAUCACAAGCGUCUGCACCGAAAGACUCCGUCACCGGCAUUAGGGACGGGUCCGGCCUCGGCCUCGGGCUCGGCGUCGGUCAAGGCAGUACCAGUGCCUGUGACCACGCCUACGCCCUCGGCUACGGUCACAUCCAAGAAGCAUGCCAAGCAGCGGGCUCUACGCGAAUAGAGGAGACUUCAAUCCAAAAUCACAAGCCCCAAGCCCAAAAUCUCUUGAGUUGAUACAAUUUCCAGAACCCCCUCCAAACCCGUUUCCUAUCGAAGUCUUAAGUUAUUGUACCUAUAUAUAUAUUUUUUUUUGUGUUUUCGUGUCCUUGUUUUAGUCAAAUUUUCAACUUGGAAGUGUACGCUUUGUAUGGGAUGUCAAGAGGCAGAUGCAUCCGGCCGGUACGGAACGGAUACGGCGGCGCUAGCUCGAGAACUUAGAUUAAGUCCAAGAAUCAGCAAGGAGCAGAAAAUUACUAGUAAAAAAUUAAAAACAAAUAUACAACAGCAA